AUGAAGCUCGUCAUUGCAGGCUCCACGGGCUUCGUCGCCACGGAGCUCAUCCGACAGGCCAUUGCGCACAAGCGCGUCACCUCCGUGGUCGCGCUCGGCCGUCGCGAGACGUCGGUCCCGUCGAAUGUCGCCCCCGGCGCGGACGCGUCCAAGCUCAAAUCGGUCGUGUGCAAGGACUUUGAGAAUUACUCCGACGAUGUGAAGAAGGAACUGGCCGGCGCGGAUGCCUGCAUCUGGACAAUCGGCGUGACGCCGUCGCACAUGAAGGAAAUGUCGUUUGAGCAGGCGACCAAGAUCAGCCGCGACUACGCCGUCGCCUGCGUCGGCACCAUGGCCAGCCUGCCUCGCGGCGAGGCCGGCACUCCCCUGCGCUUCAUCUACAUGAGCGGGUCCAGCGCGGUGCGGGAUCCGGCCAAGAAGCCAUGGAUCCUGGGCGACUACUGCGUCAUGAGGGGCGACGCUGAGUCGCGCAUCCUCGACCUCGCAAAGCAGUCGAACGGCUCGGUGGAGGCCGGCAUCGCGAAGCCCGGGCUCAUCGACGCGCCGGGCAAGAUGGGCGCGGCCAUGAAGUUUGCGGUUGGCAUUGGGCGCGCCUUUAUUGGCCUGCCGCUGAUUGAUGUGCGCGUGAUCUCGGCCGCGCUCCUGGAUCAGGCGCUCAACGGGCUGGAGAAGGACACGCUGCUCAACGAGGACUUGGCUCGUAUUGGCCAGAGGCUGCUGGAUGGAGAGAAGGCCAAGGACUAG